AUGCGCGUCCACACCGUUGACAAAAAUCUCCCGGUCGCGUUCAGCUCGAUUUUCGGCUGGAUUUUGAUGGGACCAAUUUCCGAGGGGGAACUGGCAUCAUUUCAUUCAUUACCGGUGUCCCUUACUAUCUCCCUAGAGGGACUCAUGCAUCACUUUUGGGAAGUGGAGGAACCUGAGGUUGCUCCGGAGACCUUUACCGAUGAAGGGCGAUGCGAACAAAUUUUCCGAGACGGGCACGUGCGUCUACCAUCGGGUCGUUUUUCUGUGCCAUUACCGUUCCGCGCACGCGUGUCCGAUCAUACAUUUGAUCGAUCUUGUGAGACAGCAAUAAAGCGGUUCGAAUCGCUAGAACGCAAAUUGUCCACUGAUCACAAGCUCAAGUCACUGUAUAAAGACUUCAUGGCCGAAUAUCUCACGUUAGGUCACAUGUCGGUUGCAACAACCCCCGGGCAGUAUUAUAUUCCCCACCAUGCUAUAUGCAAAAAUGACGGUGUAGAUACGAAAAUUAGAGUGGUCUUUGACGCAUCUGCGAAAGGUCCCACGGGUAUGUCGUUGAAUCGUGCGUUGCUUCCCGGACCUAAACUACAGCGUGAUAUAGUUGAUAUCUUGAUACGUUUCCGUUUAUUUCGCCAUGCAUUCACGGCGGACAUCUGUAAUAUGUACCGCCAAAUUUUGAUUUUACCUGAGUUCAGUGCUUAUCAGCACAUUUUGUGGCGCGACUCCCCGUUCGAUCAAUUGAUCGACUAUGAACUCAAUACCGUGACGUAUGGAGUAAACUGCGCCCCCUUUCUAGCACUCCGGGUGCUGAGUGCCUUAGCUGACAGUGAUUGUGUGUCGUUUCCACGUGUUCGCUACGCGUUAUGUCAUCAAACAUACGUUGACGACAUCUGCUACGGGGCUAACAUCAACUAA